CUCAGGCUGUCCUGACCCUGCAGCCUGCCUGGGCACAGAUAUUCCCAGGAGAGGCAGUCACCCUGAGCUGUGAGUUGGAGGGGGACUCUGCUGACUGGAGGUUUAAACAGUACCGAAAGGGUCAAGAACAGGCAGUGUGCCAGAAACCCUCACCCAGCAUGGGGAACAGUGUCAGCUGCACAAUCAGUACCCCCCAGUAUAACCACAGUGGAGAGUACUGGUGUGAGUCUGCAUCAGGACAGGAGCGCAGUAAUGCUGUCAACCUAACUGUGUCCAAUCAAUGGGUGAUCCUGCAGACUCCUCCCCAGCCUGUGAUUGAGGGAGACGUUCUGACUCUGAGGUGUCGUGUCCGGGGUUAUACAGCUACCAGGGUUGUCUUUUAUAAAGAUAAUAAAGUGUUACAAUCCAGGGCAGAUACAGAGCUGAGUGUGGAUCGUGUUUCAGAGAGUGACGAGGGGUCCUACAAGUGCAGAGCAUGGUGGAGCUCCUCCACUUACUCUGGUGACUCUGCAGAGGUGCGGGUGUCAGUGAGAGAGCUGCCCCAGACUACACUCACCCUGGAGCCUCCAUUCCCAGAGAUAUUCACCGGGGAGACAGUCACUCUGAGGUGUGGGGUUGAGGGGGGUUCUGCUGGCUGGAAAUAUCUCUGGUACAAAGACAGUGAGGACACUCCAGUGCUCCAGACUGCUGGACGCAGUAUAACUGGUGACAGCUACACAAUCACUGCAGCUGCUGUAUCUGACCAGGGCCAGUACUGCUGUCGAGGACAAAGAGGAGAUCAGCCACUCUACUCACAGCUCAGUGAUCCUGUGACAGUAACUGUGUCUGCACAGCUGCAGUGUCUGCAAACAUUGACAGUCAGCAGUGUGGAUCCCUCUGUAAUGCUUGUGUUCAUGAGCUAUCAGUUCCUGUGA